AAGAGGGGUUACCUUGACGAGGAAGGCAUGACUUCUUAAUAUUCUCUCCAUAUAACCGUUUGGAGAAUGCUUACUCAUAACGAGUGUCAUUGACUACCCUUAUCGAACUGGUGGAGACAUGUGUCAACAUCUGUGCUAUCGGAGCUACAUACACUGCUGAAGCUAAUCAAGGAUAGGAGAAGUUCUGAAUCUGAUGGAACGUACGUAUGACGAAUGUAAAUGUAGUUAUUGACUAAAGAUUUGGAGACAACAAUUCUUUAGGCUCCGGAAUACAAGCUGUGAUUCUGUUCUUCUGAGAUUCAAAAACGUGCAGUCCUGGGACAAAGCAUUAAACAACUAUCAGACAUUCACUGAACAGAAUUAUGCAAAAAUAUGCAUGAUGAUAGCUUUUUUUAGAUGAGUUCUCAUCUGUUCCACAUAUCACAUGCGUUUGCUCUCACAGCAUGACAGUGUUCACCUAUCUAGUCGUGGAGUAACUACAGCAUAAUUCAAAGUGAAAUGCAACAGGGAAAUCUUGCGUCUGUUCGUUGCACCAUGGUUUGGGCUGUGACAUUCUAAGCACUGGGACCAAGAGGAGCACAAUGGCAAACACAUCGACGACUUCAAAUGCAAGUUUGCCGACAACAGGCCGCUGUCUUUACGAAGUGCUUCAUAAUCGGAGUCUGAAUGAGCCCCAUAACAUGUACAAUUUCAUCAUCUUCUUCCCAUUGGCUCUGCUCUUCGGCUUCAUUGGCCUGUUGGGGAACACAUUUGCAUACAUUUUUAUCGGGCUCGAGAAGCCCAACACGUCCACCUCCGUGCUGCUUCGGUCAUUGGCACUGGUGGAUAACUUAGUCCUCAUUGGCUACAUAUUCGUAAGGACUUUAAUCUGUUUACCAGACUACUUUGACGUCUUUGAGGAGUAUAUCGAGUUCUACGAACUAUCGUUUCGCUAUUUUUGGACAUUUAGGUGGUUCACAAAAACUAUGUCUAUUUAUAUAACAAUCUGCGUCGCGGCGGAACGUUACAUAGCUGUAAGGAGACCUCUCCGCGUAGCAUCUAUAUGCACAAUACGGAACGCCCGAAUUGCGGUGGCCGUCGUCGCAAUUUUGUCCUUUGCAUUCCAAAGUCCUACUCUUCUUUACAUCGACACUUUCUAUACGUAUGAUGAGUGUACAGGUGGGUAUAGACCCAACUGGAAAUAUUCCGCCAUUGGGAAAAAUCGGUACUAUAAAGUAUUAUAUACAAAUCUGUUUAGCAUGCUUCUAAUGGCUGUUUUUCCGAUGGUUACCUUAACUUUCUUUGCGCAUUCACUAAUUUCGGCACUGAAAGAAGCAGCUAAAAGGAGUGGCCUCUCACGUGAAACGCAGACUGGUGGAGAUAAAAAACGCCCGGAUAGGACAAAAACGGUGACGGUACGGGUGACUGCUAUUGUUGUUGUCUUCGUGGUUCUGGAGUUACCUAGCAACAUAUGGCAGAUUGCCGACAUUCUCGAAGAAUACGAUCUGAUCCAGUUGACCAAUAUAGAAUACGAUUAUGUUCAGAAUUUUACAUACUUUCUUGGAUACUUAAACAGCGUUUGUAACUUUUACGUCUAUUGUUUAUUGGGAAGGCGAUUUCGCAUGUCAUUUAUGAAAGCUUUCUCUAAGGUUCACCCGACGACGAGAUGAAAUUAGAUAUACGUAUAUAUACGCAUACAGGAGUCCUUUGCAGAAUGGCGGAUUAAAGGGAGAAUAUAGCCUUGAGCUAGGCGGGCUCGGUAACGUUACAGCUGAGGAAAGGCGGUGGCGCAGUGAAAGAACGUCCGGCUUGUGAUCAGAAAUUAAAGUCGAUGGUUAGCGGAGGUUCGGCAAGUGCCACUCGGCACUUUCAACUGCCUUGUGAUAAUUGAGACGAAUAAAUGUAACCUUGAAAGUUACUGCGGGUAUACGAAAGGACACUUGGAAAAGGAACAUUAACCUUAACGGAGCUGAUCAAUGGAAAAAGAUCACACCAUCGUCGAUAAAAGAAGUUGAAACUUUUGCAUUUUUCUCCCGUUCGGCAGUAGCAACUAGACAGUUCUGUUACAUGAUCGACCUAUCUGUACGUUAAAUAUACAAUUUCGAUGAAUUGUUUUGUAUUGUAUACAUCUUACUCACUCUUGAUAUACGUGUAGAAAUCGUAUCAGGUGGCCCAAAAACGAAUAGACCUUUAUGGAGAGGAAAUGAAGUGUCCUCAUCCUACAUGCACAUACCUACAUGUAUAAUUCUUAAACCCAUAAUUCUGCAAUAGUAUUUACAUGUAUAAACUUGUGUUAAUAAUUUCUAGCGCCCGAGUAUCCUUUUAUCUUGUAUUGAAAAGCAGCAAAAAAUAUGUGAUCCGAUCAAACAGUGCCAGAAAGUGUGCGUCUUUCUGCGAACUCUCAAAUUUCAAAUCCAAUUCCAAAUGUCCAUGACCACAUAGAGCAAUUCAAAACUUAUUUGGACAUGGUAUAGUUAAGAGAAAUACACAACGGCAAUAUGACUUAGCGUCAUGACUUCCCCUCUCCUGGUACCACACAAUCACGUAACAAACAUCUUGACACACUCCAAGAUCGCACAGUCCAUUAACGAGUCCUGUACCGACUGUUUUAAAGGUA